UGAAAAUCCUACGUAGUAUGUACUGUACAUUGUAGGAGUUAUGUCUCACUCAACAGGUACUCCAUUGACAAGAAGAUAUUGUUCAAGUUUAUAUGCCCAGGAACGAACAGGAAAAGGAACCCAUGAAAAUCAGGCAAGGAGUAAAAACCAAAUGAAAAAGAUAUGAAAAAGAUGAGGCAAAAAGAAAUCCUCAAAAAGCCCCCACCCCCCCCCCCCAAUCAACUUAUCAACCAUUACAUAUAAAUCAAGUAUAUAUACUACACAAUGCUACAGAAAUUAUAGAUAUGUUAAAACCCCCCUACUCAAUCAUCUCCACAACCACCGCCGUCCCAUACGCACACACCUGCGCAAACCCGCCUAGAUCACUCGUAUCAAACCGCAGCGCGAUAAUCGCAUUCCCGCCCUUCUGCAAACACUCGCCCACCAUGCGCGCCACAGCUUCGUUGCGCGCCCGGUACAGCAUCGUCGUGAACAUGCCCAGCUCGCCGCCCGCGAUGGAUUUGAGCACCAUGCCCAGCCCCGCCGCCAAGUUGCGCGAUUGCACCGUCAGCCCGUACACGGCGCCUAGCACGCGGGUUACCCGGUAGCCCGGGAGGUCGUUCAUGGUGGUCGUGAUCACGCCGUCUGUGUCAGUGAAGGCGCCGUGGAUUUCGAGGCCCUGGAUACUGUCUUGGGCGGGGAUGGCGGAUUUGGCUUUGGAUUCUGAUGCCAUGGGGGGCGGUAUAGAAAUAUAUAGGUAAGUAUGUAGCUGUGUAGCUCUGUGUUUGCUCUCGAAUCUGAUAGUGCUUUUUUUGAGGUGAGGAAGAAAGCAGGAGAGGAAAGGUUGAAUUUAUAGAUUUUCAAGGAUAUUAUUGUGAAGAAUUCGCUUCUUAUGCUUUUGGGAGGUGUAUGUACAUGUAUAUGUACUUUGAAUGUGUUUGGUAUAUUUGUUACUUUUGAAUCAUCUCAACGUCCUGUGCUCCGAUUUAUAUACCUCGAGGACCAGCAGCAAGCCUUAUCCCUCGCGUUUUGCUGCUAGCUCGAUGUAGGAUAAACCUCGUAUUCCGGCCGAUUUCCACGGUUGGGUGUGGCCAUUUGUUCGAUGGUGAUCAGCCUAACUAUUUAUUGUCCUCUGUACGGAGUAGAUCGCCGUGUUGGAAGAGGCACACCGACAUGCGUCUUGGAUCGUGUCCUGUCUCUGCAUAUAAGUGUUUAAUUAACGUAUUCCAUGGCAGAAACGUGAGCAAAUUUGACCACUGGUAACCACCGUGUUUUUCUGCUUCUCUUCUAUGCUUUGGCAUGUAAUCUGCAAUUGGGUGUGUGAGAUAGCCGUUAUCAUAGCGACAGUAUAUUUUUUGGACUGUAAAAUCAGCCACACUCGGAAACGGGACGUAGAGGAAGACAAAAGAAUGGAUAGAUUCGCCAUGCCAUCGAGUAAAUUGCACCAAAUAUCUCCAGCUCAUUAUUAUUUGUCUGCGGAGUUGUUCCGUCUUGCGGCGGUGCUUAUGUCAUCGCCCGCCAGCCAACCUCGUCCCCCACAAUCGGCUGCAGAAAUUGUUCAACCUCCGCCAACUGCAACGACAAGUCGACCGGCUGAAAGUGUGCUCCUUAUAUCACUCCUACCCCCCCGGCGGUCGCACAUCCAAGGUCGCCCACCAUGAGCGUGGCUCAGGCGAACGACGCGGAGAAGAACAUCGAGAUAUGGAAGGUCAAGAAGCUGAUCAAACGCCUCGAGGCGGCUCGUGGAAAUGGAACGUCCAUGAUCUCCUUGAUUAUCCCGCCUAAGGACCAGGUCUCACGAGCAGCUAAGAUGUUGGCGGAAGAGUUUGGUACCGCUUCCAACAUCAAAUCUCGAGUUAACCGCCUGUCCGUCCUGUCGGCUAUUACCUCCACCCAACAGCGUCUCAAGCUCUACACAAAAGUCCCUCCAAACGGACUCGUUAUCUACUGUGGUGAAAUUAUCACCUCCGAGGGAAAGGAGCGGAAGAUUAACAUCGACUUUGAGCCUUUCAAGCCCAUCAAUACGUCCCUCUACCUUUGUGACAACAAGUUUCACACCGAAGCCCUCAGCGAACUCCUCGAGUCAGACCAGAAGUUCGGAUUCAUCAUCAUGGAUGGUAACGGCGCUCUCUUCGGAACCCUAAGCGGAAACACCAGAGACGUAGUCCACAAGUUCUCCGUUGCUCUCCCCAAGAAGCACGGUCGUGGUGGUCAGUCUGCUUUGCGUUUCGCCCGUCUUCGAGAGGAAAAGCGUCACAACUAUGUCCGUAAAGUUGCCGAACUGGCAGUGCAGAAUUUCAUCACCAAUGACAAAGUUAACGUUGCCGGUAUCAUCCUUGCUGGAUCCGCCGAUUUCAAGAACGACCUCAACCAGUCCGACAUGUUUGAUAACCGCCUUCAAUCCAAGGUUAUCAAGGUCGUUGAUGUUUCCUACGGUGGUGAGAACGGCUUCAACCAAGCCAUUGAACUUGCCUCUGAGACUCUUGGCAACGUCAAAUUCAUUCAGGAGAAGAAACUUAUCGGCAAAUACUUCGAGGAAAUCAGCCAGGAUAGCGGCAGAGUCUGUUACGGUGUGGACGAUACUCUUAAAGCUUUGGAACUAGGUGCUGCAGAAACGUUGAUCGUUUACGAAAACUUGGAUGUUACCCGCUGGGUUCUCAAGGCCAGCACCGGCGAAGAAGUUAUUCUCCACACCACCAAGGCCCAGGAGGCUAACCGGGAGAUGUUUAUGGAUAAGGAAACCGGGCAGGAAAUGGAAAUUGAGGACCAAAGCUCGUUCCUUGAAUGGCUGGCUGAGCAUUACAAAGAUUUUGGAGCAACCCUGGAGUUUGUUUCCGAUCGGUCCAGCGAAGGAAACCAGUUCGUCAAGGGCUUUGGUGGUAUCGGAGCUAUUCUCCGCUACAAAGUCAACUUUGAGCAGUUGGCUGAUUACGAAUCCGAGGACGAGUUCUACGACGAUUGACGGUUUUGCGACCUCGCGGAGAGCGAGGAUGAUUGCCCAGAAAUCCCUUCGGAGGAUGUUCUGACGGCUCGUCCCUUGAAUUCAGCUAACAAUGACAUUCAAGGAGGUUCCCGGACAGCCGCCACACGGGCUCUAUGUCCGUCUGCCCAAUCCAGCACGAAGCUUCUCAGAGGGCCAUCCAAGCUCCGUAAUGUGGCUAUGAGCAAUUAAAGAGAAAAAGAAACACAGGCUUUCCAACUUCUUCUUAUAUAACAAGAGAAGUCCUCUUUUAGAUACGAAAACCCUGGCUGGAUUACUGAGCGACAAAAGAGGCGGCCAAAUCGGAAGGAGGCGAGAGGCGUGUUCGAUUUUUUUUUCCACUUUUCAGAGAGUUUGUAUCUUUUUUUGUCCCAAAUACAGCCGAUAACAUAACGUGCUCCUUUCUCCCUCUCCUGCAAGGCUCUGUAACACAGCGAGAGAUCUUUUUAGAAAGGGGCAGUGACCAAGAAAUAUUAUUUAUCGGUUUUUUCCCAGACUGCGUGUUUCUCUAUAAUUAUGAUUUAUUAUUAUCAUUAUCAUUACGCCCUCUUUAAGGUUUUUUAGUAUUUUUUAUAUUUUCAUUUUUAAAUUUCUGUUCUCGCGACUACAUCUUUACGCGUUAACCUAUAUUUUAUCUAUUAGAUAGACUUUAUUUUAUCUACUUUCGUUCUGCACAGCCGGCAUCCUCAUUCUCGCUUUAGAAACGCGUGCAGGCUGACUGAUAUGUUCUUUCUAUAUAUAGACUUCGGGAAAGGAAGAGAAAAAGACCUCCUCUUCAACAAUAUAACAACGUUCCAGCUUUCGGGAGGAGGAAUUUAGCGGGUUCAUCUUUCAUUUUCAUCAUUUUCAUUCCUCUUUUAAUGACUCCAUUGUGGUGUGGGAUGAGAUUAUCAACCUCAACCAUUCACCAGCCACCACCCGCAGCAAGUUCUUACUCAGGCUCUUCUCUAAGACACAUGAUAAAGGAGAAGAAGCUACCCUAUCUAUAAACAAACACAUAACAAAUCGUUCACUCAUUCAAUGAAUAUCUCCCAAAAAAAAAAAAAAAAAAAAAA